UUGAGGUUUUUUCAACAGCAAUAUAGCAGACAUCCUGGACGCUUUGAUUAGUGAAGCCGGUAAUGGCACACUACUUCACCUCAUGGAGGAGGUGCGUGCAUUAUGGGGACGAGCAAUAUUUUCAGUUAAAUGUUUCCUGCAGGAUGAGGGGCUCGCCUUAUUUCUCGAUAAAACAUUCGUCCACAACAAAGAGAUUCCAAUUGAAGAGGUGUCAGAAGCCGCCCUUCUGCAAGCGUUGGAGAAAUAUUUGGCAAUUCCACCCACUGAAGCCAGCUCGGGUAUCGAGGACCACCCUGAACCCUCCCAAGACGAUCCUACGGAAAUUGGCGUCCCAGAUGAUGCGCAAGAAUGCGGCUGGAUGAAUGACGCCACACAUGAAGUGUGCUCUGAGCUCGUACCAGCAGGUCGACCACCGAUGCUCUUACAUCUGAACAAGGCGCACGAUAUUCGUGGUCCAGAGACAACCGAAGUGGAGUGCAUGUGGGUUGUACUCAAGUCAGGCUACAAACUCCCAUGCGGGAAAAAAUUCCAGCGUCGCAAUAUUCCUCGUCACAUAGGGACGCAUCUGGGGUUGCGCUUUCCGUGCGAGCAAUGCGAAAAAAGCUUUACGCGCUCAGAUUCUCUGAGGAGUCAUGAGCGUGAUAAUCACAUGGUCCAGGACACUAGUACCACAGAUGCUGAAUUGUACAGCUGGCCCGGCCAGGUUUUAUGAUGUACCAAGCACGUUGCCCCUAUAGCACACAUGUAAUGAAUGGAACCGUUAUGGAUGCACCGUUUUUCGUCAGAGUUUGAUGACCUAAGCUGCUAACGAUUUCAACAUAUGUUUAAAAAUCGGCUUCAUCACCCCCAAUAGUUCAAUAGACGCGAGAGCGCCGAACUCGGGAUAGUCCACGAUUACCUGAACCCGAGUAGUGAAGAUAGAAGAUACAAGUCCCUGGUUAUCAUCGCUAGUGAAAAAACGGGUUUUUGACCACACGAAG